AUGUGUCUUCUCAUCAUCUUCAUUUUCUUCAUUCCACUGCUCUCCUGUGAGCUCGGCUCCCAAACCAAACUUACCGUAGGCAAUAAGGUCAUCGCUCCCAAUGGCUUCGAACGCUCAGCGACUCUUGUAAAUGGCGUGUUCCCUGGACCCUUGAUUUCAGCCGAGCUCACGGACACCUCGAUGUUCACGAGUACUAGUGUCCACUGGCACGGUAUCUACCAGAAUGGGACAAGCUAUGCCAAUGGGACGUCCUCCGUCACGCAAUGCCCCAUUGCGCAGAACCACUCUUAUUUGCACUCCUUUUCCGCCCAGAAUCAGGCAGGCACUUUCUGGUAUCAUAGUCAUUAUUCUAUUCAAUAUGCAAGUUGUGAUGGUCUCAGGGGACCACUGGUAAUUUAUGAUCCUGACGACCCUCGGGCGUACAUGUACGACGUCGACGAUGCACCGUAUCAUGCUGAGGCCACCAUCUUGCGCUAUAUCAUAGGCAAUGUCACUGACUCUGUGCUCGUCGAUGGACUCGGUCGAUAUGCAGGCGGACCAAUGUUUGAUCUCGCUGUGAUUAGCGUCGAGCAGGGAAAGCGGUAUCACUUGCGCCUUGUUUCAACGUCGUGCGAUUCAAACUUCCAGUUCUCCAUCGAUGGCUAUAGCUUGACCGUCAUCGAAGUGGAUGGACAACUGACUGAACCUCUGGUAGUAGAUCAGCUCCAAAUUUAUGCGAGUCAACGUUACUCUGUAGUUUUGGUAGCUGAUCAACGGACAGACAACUACUGGAUACCCAACCUUCCCAAUACGGCCAAUGCAUCCUUCAAGGGAGGAACAACCUCUGCUAUCUUACGCUACAAAGACGCCUCGCAGGCCGACCCGACUACGAUCAAUACAACAUCCACGAACCCAUUGCUAGAGACCAAUUUGCAUGCCCUGAUCAAUCCCGGUGCUCCUGGCAUUCCAGAAUAUGGAGCGGCUGAUAUCAACCUCAACCUCCAGGUUUCCGCCGUCGACGGAAACUUCUACAUCAAUAACGUCUCACUCGCAGCCCCCACCGUUCCUGUCCUACUCCAAAUUCUUAGCGGAGCUCAAGACCUUACUCAGUUGAUGCCAAACGAGAGCGUCAUCAUUUUCGAGGCUAACAAAGUGGUAGAGUUGACAUUGUCGACGACCAGUCUAGGAGGACCCGGUUUGCAGGACAACCCCUUCUACCUCAUCAUAAAUUAUGAUAUGGUACUAGCUGAUGCUACAUAG